AUGAAGCGCAAGCUGGAUGCAAAUGAUGUUCCGUCCCCUGAGGCGGCUGGGGGUGAUGAACAGGAUCCUGAUUUCGAGUCCCUCGGCCUCGAUCCGCGGCUGCGCCAGGCCCUGAUUCAAGAAAAGUUCACCAAGCCCACCCUCGUGCAGGCCAAGGCAAUUCCACUGGCUCUCGAAGGGAAAGAUAUUUUGGCUCGUGCAAAGACUGGCUCCGGCAAGACAGCCGCCUAUGUCCUUCCGAUUCUGCAAGCCAUCCUCCAGCACAAAUCUGUUGAUCCGUAUCUCAAAGCAACUACCGGGUUGAUUCUCGUUCCUACUCGCGAACUUGCGGAGCAGGUCCAAAAAGUGGUCACCUCGUUUUCCAGCUUUUGCGGAAAGGAUAUUCGGUCGGUCAACCUGACUCAAAAGGUCUCAGAUGCGGUGCAGCGCUCAAUGCUCGCUGAUUUCCCGGAUCUGAUCGUGUCCACGCCCACACGAGUCCUGGCCAACGUCAACAACUCGGCUCUUUCGCUUGAGAAACUGACCCAUCUUGUGAUCGACGAGGCAGACUUGGUGCUUUCAUAUGGGUAUGAUGAGGAUAUCAAUGCACUCUCCAAGGCCAUCCCGCGCGGGGUGCAGACAUUCCUGAUGAGUGCUACCUUGACUUCCGAAGUGGAUACACUGAAGAGCCUGUUCUGUCGGAGCCCGGUGGUCCUCAAGCUGGAGGACAAGGAAGAAAAAGGAGCAGGCGUUAGCCAGUUCGUCGUCAGAUGUGCGGAAGACGAGAAGUUCCUCCUGACAUAUGUCAUCUUCAAGCUCCAAUUGAUCAAGGGCAAGGUCAUCAUCUUCGUCGGCGAUGUGGAUCGAUGCUACCGUGUCAAGCUUUUCCUCGAACAAUUCGGCCUCAAGAGCUGUGUGCUCAACUCGGAAUUACCCAUCAAUUCGCGGCUGCACGUGGUCCAGGAAUUCAACAAAGGCGUCUACGAUAUUAUCAUCGCGGCGGAUGACCAAGAAGUGAUGGGCGCACCGAAAUCGUCGAAGAAGGCUCAUGAGGACGAGGAGGCGGAAAAAAAGGAAGAGAUGGGUAGCAGCGAGGAUGAGGAUGCGGACGACCAAAUCGGGAAACAAAAGGCAUUACAAUCAAAAAGGCGACGCAAGAUGACCAGCAAGGAAAAAGACUACGGGAUAUCACGCGGCAUCGACUUCCAAAACGUCGCAUGCGUCGUCAACUUUGACCUCCCCACCACGUCCAAAUCAUACACCCACCGUAUCGGCCGGACGGGGCGCGCCGGCAGAGCCGGUAUGGCGCUUUCGUUCGUGGUGCCAGCCGACCAGUACGGCAAGCACAAGCCGACUUCAGUGCCCAGCGCCAAGCACGACGAGGCCGUGCUGGCGAAGAUCGUGAAGCGGCAAGCCAAGCUCGGACACGAAGUCAAGCCAUACCAUUUCGAGAUGCAGCAAGUCGACGCCUUCCGGUACCGAAUGACAGACGCCCUGCGCUCGGUGACCCGACUCGCCGUGCAGGAAGCGCGUGCGCGCGAGAUCCGACAGGAGCUGAUCAAGAGCGAAAAGCUCAAGCGCCAUUUCGAAGACAACCCAGACGAGCUGCGUCAGCUGCGGCACGAUGGAGAACUGCGCGCCGCGCGUGUGCAGCCGCAUCUCAAGCACGUGCCCGACUAUCUGAUGCCCGCCAAGGGCCGGAAGGGCAUCUCCAAGGAAGAUGUCGGGUACGUGGGUUUCUCGAAAACGCACGAGAACCGCAUCCGCAAGGCCAGAGAUCGCAAUCGCGGUCGUGGCAAGCCCAGAAAACCCACCGCUGGUAAGGUCGAUCCGUUGAAGACGUUCAACCGCAGUCGGAAAUAG